AUGGAAGCCAACAAACAUUCGUCCUCCAUCGAAAACGAGACACAUCUAUGUCCUCCACCCGGGACUCCCAGCGAGAAGGAGAGUGCCAGUCAACAAGCAUCGGGCUUUGCGGCCUCUACACCAGACGGCGCCAAGGCGGGCGGGCAUGGAGAUGCUGGUCACUCGGCUCAAGCGCAAGAUGAUGCUUCCAGAUCCACUGGCAAGAAUAUGGCGAACCCCAAGAGCACGGCUUCGACUGUGAGAACUGAGAAGGCAGUGAAGUUUCUGCGUCUCCUAUGA